AUGGCGAUGCAAGCUGGGAUGGGUCUCUCGAAGGUCGUCAUCUUGAUUGGGGCAGGUAAUCUUUUGGUGCUGUUUUGGCUCAAAAAUUAAUCAUCGCCUUCUUACCGUCUGCCGCAUCCAGUGAUCCGUCUCGACUUCUUGCGUCUUCCGUCUGAGCGUGACUGAUUCUGGAUCUGUAGGUUAUACCGGCUCGAUCUUGUUGCGGAAUGGCAAGCUGUCUGAAAUUAUCGGGGAACUGCAGGUCUGUCGCGACUCGACCGUAGUAGUUGGCUGUGGCCUUUCAGAUUCUCUCGGAUUUCUCUUGCGUUUGCUGAAUGGGGCUCUUGUCCCUCAGCUUGAUUAUUUGUAUUUCUUCUCUUACUGUAGACUCUGACCAAAGGAUUGGAGAAUUCCACGGACGCAUCGCACAAUGAUCACGAGACAUCCCUCCUCGCCAGUCAGGUAAUUUCAUUUUUCCUUUUUUCCCCCUUAAUACUGACUUGAGUUCGUCGACUGGGCAGUAUGUCCCGAGGAUGCCACGUUUUAUAUCAACAUGAAUGGGCAACCGUCCCUUCCUGUUUCGGGACCUAGAUAGGUGUAAAUGCCAUGUAAAAAUUUCUUCAUGAUAGCAAAAAUAAAAUAUAUAGCUUGCACGAAAUGUAGAAUUUCAAGAUGAAGUCCAUGCUCACAUCUAUGCAAGAUAUUAUAGAAUCAGCAAAGUCCGAUGAAGACAAGAUUAGAGGAACAACUUGUGGAUAGUUGAGAAAUGUGACACCUAAUCCAGUAUUGAGACAUGGAAAGGUUUCGGAGUUUACCAUUUAACAAAAUUUGAUGAUAUGUGUGUUCAGAACCCCAAAAAUAUAUGUCAACGGAUUUGAUGUGCGUGGUUAAUAUGACCGUGUUGACGGUUAGCUUAAACAUUGGGAAUGCCUCCAGAGUUCAAUACAAACUUUGAUUCGAAUUCAUAUGCCUUUUGGAUAUCAGUAACAGCAGUAGGUCAGUUCUCUGAAUUUCUGCAAUUACUGUACUACGUGUACUACUCGUCUCAUUUCUCACAUGUCCAUCAAGUUGAAACGAUUCUUGUUAACUACGAUACAUUCCCUUGAUCUUUUUAAUAACUCUUUUCCAUAGCUUAUGUGAAUUAGAGGUUUGAUCUCUAGUACUGUACUUUAGCCGUCCUAAUUGGUACGUUUUUCCCCUAAAGGAUAAAAAAAUUGUUUCUUCAUUCAGUGUUGGCAUUAUUUGAUCUUCAUAACACUGAGACGUUGCUUCAUUGUCUCACCAAUCUCUGGCCUAUUACUUCUUAUUCGAUUUCAUGAUCAUUCUGGAUAUGUCAUUGGAUCAAUGGGCACUAUCCUUUCCUGCAUUGCUUUAUCAAAAACUGUGUUUGAGGAAAACUUAAUUCUCCUAACCCCAUCUAAUAUGUGUUUAUUAAGCUCCUUUAUGAGAAACUUUUUGUUUGAGAAUGACGUCCUCUGUUGUUUCACAGCUGGAUCGUUUAGCCAGAGAAGUUCAACGGAUGUCUUCUUCACGUCCCAUAACAGUUCUCAAUGGAUCUUCUCACCAAGGUCGCUUCUAGGAAUAUCUCGGGAAUUUUAAUGCUUGAAAUACAUCUUACUUCUUUGAAAAACAAAUAUGUGUGUACCUUUUGCCUCUCCGUUUUUGGAAUUUUGAUGUACUACAUUCAAAUACCAAGUGGAUACUUUUACAAUAAGUUAUUUAUAUCUGUGCAUGACAUUUUUCUGACGUAAUAUAUGCUCUAAGUUGAUAUAGUAAGUUGGUUUCUUACUCCUUGAAUGAUUGGAUUUUUUUUCUCUUCCCUUUAGUAUCUGAUAUAAAAUUUUCUUCCAGGAAAUCUUUCCUCUCUUGCACUGCCACUUGUCCCCUUGGGGUUAUUGGGAUACGGAUACAUGUGGUGGAAAGUAAGUUUUAUUUGGUGGUUUUUGUAGAGUUUAUUUGUGUCUACAUGGCUAAUAUUUUUUUUUAUUCUAUUAAUUAUUUUCUCGGGAUCUUUAAACUUGAUAGGGGUAUUCCUUGGGGGAUCUUAUGUAUGUUACAAAGCGCAGCAUGGCUGAUGCUGUUUCAAGCAUGACAAAGCAUCUGGAACAAGUGUCGUGUGCUCUUGCUGUAAGUUUCUUUCUACAUCCUUUUAUCUUGUCUUUGGUCUAACCAUCUGAAUGUAUGAUUUUGGCAUAUCUGUUGCACAUUUUUUAUAGCUUCAGUUAUUAGUCUUUGAGAUAUUGAAACAUAUGAAAGAUUACUGGGUAUCAUGGAGAAGCAUGGUCCAGAGCAAUCGAAAUGUUAUAUCCAUGUCAAGAUCUAUUUUUAUUUUGGGGAAUCAUUUGUAUUUCAACUUCAAACCUGGUGUAUAGCAAAAGUUUCUCAUUUUGGUCGUUUUGUCUGUAUAUUUCUGUACAUUGUUGAUAACUGCAAUACUGCUAUUUUAUGAAUGAUGUAUCGUUAAUUUUUUAUCCUUCUUCUUUACCAGGCAACAAAGCGCCAUUUGACACAGAGAAUAGAAAAUCUGGACGGAAAAGUUGAUGAGCAGAACGGAAAUUUGAGGGAAAUAAAAAAAGAGGUAUGUUAAUGUCAAUUCAAACCUUAUAGUUUUCAAAUGAUUAGAGUGGUUGUCAUAUCACUUGCCGAUAUGCUAUAAGUUAGAUAGUUUAGAAGUAUUUACUUUGCUCAUUAUUUUUUUUACGUCUUCUGUGGCAGUCCAUUUCAUGUCGUCGUUUUGGCUGGUCGUGUGAAUUCCAUUUAUUUUUUAUAGAAAUUUUUCUUCAUAGUGAAAUUCGUCAUAAUUGUUGCUUUGUGACCAGGUGAUUGAUGCUAAUGGAAAAAUUGGAAGAAUCGGAAAUGAUGUGAAAGCAAUUGAAUUGUUUCUUUCAACUUUGGUGAGAGAAUUCUAUCUUCAUAAUGUUUUUGCAUUAAAUACUUUUAUCGUUAGUCCGUUGUGUGAUGUAAGCGCUCCCCUUUUGUCUGUUUCCUGCAGGAUGCAAAGAUGAGUGCCAUCGAGGGAAAACAGGUAGGAGUAGUUCCUAACUUGUACAUCAACAGUGAUGUACAUUCUUUUAAUUUUCAGAUACCAUCGAUCUGUGAGGUAUUAAAUAUUUUAAAAAUAAAUCUGUGACGUGUAAUAUGCAUGAAAGUAAACCCUUCCACAAGGCAGGUUUUGGUUUAUCUCCCGAGGGCUGACACAUCUUCUAUCUUAACUGUGACUUUUCUCAGAAAUAUCCUUAUUAUUUGAUUUCUUAGUCUGAAGAAAUGUUAGCAGAAAUUUUAAAAUAUCUAUUUCUGUCACUGUUAUUUCUGCCUGCUAUCUGAUCAAUGAAAAUCUGGUCACAGGAUCUUGCUUGUGACGGGGUUUUAUAUCUAUGCCAAUUUGUCCAUGAUAAAGGCGGAAGGACACCCGAGUUCCUGCUGGUAUGUUUUACUCUUUUCUUCAUCGGUUUUCGAACAUUUGGUUAAUCUCUCUGAGGAGAGGGGUUAUAAACUAAGUUGAAGAGGAGGGUUUGGGGAUCUCCGAAGACAAUUAAUGCUACGUUGAUUCCCAAUUAACUUUCUUAUGUGAAAGAAAAAAGGUGGGAGCUUUUUAAGUGAUUAAGCAUGAGGAAAUAAAAAAAAAAUAAAAAUGAAAAGAAAUAAAGAGAGCUCUCAAUAAAUUCGUUUGGGUUAAAAUCUUAGAUUCUUUGCAUUUUCAUCAUGUCUUUUAGAUUCUACCGGUGUCAUCAAGUUCUCAGUAGCCAUUAAACCAUUAUUUUUAUUUUUAUUUUAUUUUUUCCCUUUGGCAGAAUAUGGCAAAAUCUGGCACUGGCAGGCGAGCACUGGGUUUCUCAGAACCUACAAGCUUGAAGGUUGGUUAUUGUCUAAUGAAAGCUUAUACGGCUUGAAUUAUUACAUAAAAGGUCUCUUUGACUUUCUUCCCCUGGUUGUAUGGCCAACAAUGCGAGAAUUUCUUGCAGGGUCUUCAGCACAUUGCUGAGUCUAUGGAGAAAGCGAGCAUCCAAUCCAUUGACAAUGAGAUCGAAUCUGUGGAGAGCUCAAAGAUCCCAUCAAGGUAUCAACCGAAUCUCACCUGCCUCAAAGGGGGCAGGAGUCAGUCUUUUGGCCAUGGAUGA